UUUUUUUUAAACUAAUUUUUGUUCCCUUUUAUUCUUGCAACCUCACUUCCAAACCUUAAUUGAUAGGGGACAAUAAAGACUCACAGAAAGAGAGACAUAAGCAAGGAAAGACAAAAAUCAAAUUUUAUCCUGGCUCAGCCCUGCUUUCAGAAUGCAAGGUAGAAAAUUCACAUAGAGUAUUCUCUCCCACAGGGAUUGCUAAUCAUACUAUAAUAUCAGGCUCUGAUUAUUUGUCUUAUAUGAUGUUCUUUUCUGAAUUUUUCCAGCAAAGCUGCAGAAUCUGAUAGGUGGCUUUUCAAUUUUGAAGUAGAAGUAAGAAGGUUGGAUCAAACAUGUCUGGAUCUGUGACCUGCAAUGGACCUCAUUUAAGAACUUGCUGCAAAAGAGUUUCAGGUGAUAAAGAUGAUAAAGAUCUAAAGGAUCCCAGAUUCAGCUUGCAAACAGUCAAGCCCUGUUGUGGUCCUUUCAUGAGAGUCUCAGGGAGACAGCCACGAAGUUUCUCAGUAUGUAGCAGGAACAAUAAAGACUGGAAGACGCUGGAUCACCUUCAGAGUUAUCCAAGCACAAAUGAAAUUUUACAUGUGACCCCUGAGGAGUUCCAUUUAUGGAAAGUCCUACAGGAAACUCUGGAUUUUUCUCUUUGGAAGGUGAAAGUUGGCUGGCAACUAGUUGAGAACUCAGCAAUCAUUUCCUUCUCUGGACCCCAGAAAGUGGUCUCUAAUGCCAAGACUGCCAUCAGUAAACUGAUGAUCCUUCUCAAUUCCACUGUGAGAAUGAAUCCAUGGCCUGGUUUGAUUCAAGAGCAAAAAAAGAUGAGUGGUUUCUUCCAAGUAGGAAAUGGCCUUAGUCUUUAUCUUUGGAAAGGAGAAGCUUCCACCUUCCGAGCCUCUGUCAUAAUGAGCCUCAGCAGUGAGCCACUGGACAGACAAAAUAAGGUCAAACCAGUCCCCAAAGUAAGGGUACUGAGGCAGCAUAUCCUGAAUGAUCGAGGUAUUCCCCAGGUGUUGCUACAAGUGGUGCUGUCAUCCUCCUGGGCUAGCCAUAGCUCAGGGAGGAAACCGACUUCUAGGGAUGAAAGCCAGGAGCUGACUGCCAGUGCUGUCACUUUGGCACUGCAAGCUGUGUCCCAGGAGAAAAGUGCUUCUUUGGUGAUCCACCCCACAGGUCCAACAGCCCUAGCAAAGGGGAUAACUCAGGGAGUCAAGGCCUUUAAGAGCAUGCAGCCCAUGGGGAGCAGCCUGAAGAAUCUGACAGUUGCAGUAACUGAUGAUGACUUUGUAGCCGAGUGGGAAGUGGAAUGUUGCAGGUGGUGGCCCAGUGGAAAGAAUCUCAAUGUCCUCCUUCCCUACGUCAUGAGCUCCUGGGAAGCAGUAACAACUGAAGUGGUGGUUGGAAGCCUCAUCAGCCAGAAAACAGAUGUGGUUGUUUUCCCUUGGAUUUUGGAACCCCACAAUAAAAGUUGGGUCCAGGAGACUUCUACUCAGGUCCGUACAGCCCUGGAGACCAUUCUUACUGCUCAGGAUCUUGUCCAUGGAAAUAUCAUCACCAUUCCUGCUUCCAGCUUGCCUGGUCUGCAUUGCCAGAUCCUAUAUAUCAUCUGCCUGGAUGCAAGAUUAGUUCAACAGUGCCUAGAAGUUAGCAAGGUUUGGCCUAAUGUUUGA